CGGAUCCGGCCUGUCCCGCAUCGGGCGUUCCCGCUUCGCCAGGCCCGAGGGACAGCGAGCUGAGCCCUGACGUCACGCUACGAUUUCUACCGCCCCGGGCGUUAUUUUUUCGGGUUCAGACGUUCUCUCUCGGGGAGCGAAUCCAAGGGGGUUGUACUAAAAAUGUUGGCUACCAGGGCACUUAGCCUGAUUGGCAAGAGAGCCAUUUCUACUUCGGUGUGCCUUCGAGCACAUGGGAGUGUUGUGAAGAGUGAAGACUAUGCUUUCCCUGCUUACGUUGAUCGGCGUGACUACCCCUUGCCUGAUGUGGCCCAUGUCACGAUGCUGUCUGCCAGCCAGAAGGCCCUGAAGGAGAAGGAGAAGGCCGACUGGAGCAGCCUUUCCAGGGAUGAGAAAGUCCAAUUGUACCGCAUCCAGUUUAACGAGAGCUUCGCCGAGAUGAACAGGGGCACCAAUGAGUGGAAGACAGUCGUGGGCAUGGCCAUGUUCUUCAUUGGCUUCACUGCGCUCGUUCUCAUCUGGGAGAAGAGCUUUGUGUAUGGGCCCAUCCCUCAUACCUUUGAUAGUGACUGGGUGGCCAUGCAGACCAAGCGGAUGCUGGACAUGAAGGCCAACCCCAUUCAGGGCUUCUCUGCCAAGUGGGACUACGACAAGAAUGAGUGGAAGAAGUGAGAGCCUGCUGCCCGGCCGGCUUCCCCCUCCCUCCCUCGGCAUGCUGGAUGCUGCCCUGUCCAAUGGUCCAUGCUAAUAAAUGACCAGUUUACGUGA